UCCUCGAACCCCCGAAACAAACACAUCAAACUCCUGCAGCGGGAAACAACCUGUUCACCGCUCCCACAUUCCUGCCGCGAUGGUGGCGUCAUGAAGUGUUCCGCGAACAUCACUGACAUUCCGAUACAGACAUCAAACCCUCAUCUUCCACAGGACUGAACUCCAGACUCCCGGCGCUUCUUAUAGCAGAACCAUCAUGAUGUUGGAAAUCUAUCUGGUAAUGACAGUUGCUGCCAGUGCUGUUUCUCAAGAGGCAGAAGAGCCUGUGUCAUAUACUUGCACAGAAGGCUAUGAAUAUGAUCCUGUUAAAGAGGUAUGCAAAGAUAUUGAUGAGUGCUCUCUUGUCUCUGAUGCCUGCAAAGGGGGCAUGAAGUGCAUAAACCACUAUGGUGGCUACCUCUGCCUCCCUCAGAAUGCCCAGAUUUUUGUCACUAAUGGAGACGAAUCAUCCCAGCCCACAGACCCUAUUCCCCAACCCCCUGUUAAUCCACUGAACCCCACUAACCCACAGACCUCACAAACACGCACCCAGUCAAACAACAGAGGUGUAGCAGCUGGAACCACACAGUGCAUGCCAGGUUUUACACUGGAUGAGCAAAACUACUGCCAAGAUGUAGAUGAAUGCUCUCACGGCCUACACACCUGCAGUGCAGACCAGGUCUGCUACAACACCAGAGGCUCCUACUCCUGUCAGUGUCAACCUGGAUACCAGAAACAUGGUGAACAGUGUGUGGAUAGAAAUGAGUGUAUGCAGUCACACUACUGCAUGCACAGAUGUGUUAACACCGCCGGCUCUUACUACUGUGAGUGUAAAGAUGGCUACCGGCUCGCCAGCAACAACCACAGCUGUGUAGACGUGAAUGAGUGCGAUCUGACGCAGCCGUGCCAACAUCAGUGUUUCAACCUCCUGGGCUCAUAUAUCUGUCAGUGCGAUCAGGGUUAUGAACUCGCGCCGGAUUCAGUCUCUUGUGUGGACAUUGACGAGUGCGCCUUCUCCAGCUACAUGUGCCAGUAUGUGUGUAUUAACAGCCCGGGUGGAUAUUCCUGCAUCUGCCCAGAGGGAUAUCAGCUGCAGAGAACAAGAAUGUGUCAAGACAUCAAUGAGUGUGACACAGGCCAUGAGUGUAGGGAAGAUGAGAUGUGCUGGAACUAUUACGGAGGUCAUCGCUGUUACCCUCAGAACCCGUGUCAGGAGCCUUACGUGCUGACGUCGGAAAACCGGUGUUCGUGCCAGUCUGCGAGUGCGUGUCGAGGCCUGCCGCAGUCUAUUGUCUACAAAUACAUGAGCAUUCAUUCAGAGCGCACCGUACCAGCGGAUAUCUUUCAGAUUCAAGCCACAAACAUCUUCCCCAGCGCACAGUACACCUUCAGGAUCAAAGCUGGCAAUGAUGGAGGAGAGUUCUUCCUUAGGCGGUUCAGCAGCAUUGGUGCGAUGCUGGUGUUGACCAAGUCCCUGGAGGGCCCGCAGGAGCUGACCGUUGAUCUGGAGAUGAUCACUCAGCACACAGUGAUGACCUAUCGCUCGAGCUCUUUAUUACGGCUCACCAUCAUCGUGGGACCCUACCCCUUCUAAAACUACUGCUGCUUCACACAUUUAUACACAUCCAGACUGCUUGCAAUAAAGUUACACGCAGCAACGAUGAGAUGUUAUGAACUGCUGAUUGUUCUAAUGUGUCUUUAUCUCGCAGACAACAUAAAAUAACCUGACUCUUAUUCAGGGCUCCAGACUGCCACUAAAAUGGUUGCUAAUGUGACAAAAAAUAACAUUUUAUGUCAGUAGUUUAAAAUCAGAAAACUUUAUUGGUUUUGUCAUAUUUCACCAUCGCCUGAGGCCGAGUCGCACAGGGGUCGUGGUGUAGGGAGGCUGUUUAGUGUGAUGCAUCUCUUUGAUCAACCACUGUAAAGUAUUCAUCAGCAGAAUAGAAUGGAUCAUCUUUAUAUGAAGGAUGGCUGAUUGUUAGUCAAACACAGGUAGCACAGCAUGUUUAACAAAAGCAUCAUCUAAUCAUGAGCAAAGUACAACUUCUGCUUGCUUUCAGAGUUUGUCAGUUAAAAAACACAAUAGGUUGUAACCCAAACAUCUCCAACAGGUAGACAGCAGCCGCUCUGUUAUAAAGUUCUGUGGUGGGAGCAACACGAUUGGUGCCAUGCUUCAAUAUAAUUGACAGACUUUUCCAUCACUAAACCAAAACCAUCACCAAAACAUUUUCACUGUUAUGUUGUGCAACAGUUAGACCUAGUUUUUAUACAAAUAUGUGAAAAAAUAAUGAUAAAAUAAGACGAGCUCUUCAGUAUGUCCAGCAUUGAAUUCACGUUUUAAUCGGAAAUGUUUCAGCACAAAAGCUCAUCAAGGCACUUCACAAGAAGUUUGCAUUUUUAAAUCAUCCAAAAAUAUGACCCUUUUACUUGCACUGUAAUCUUUUUCUCUGUUUUUUGGCCUUUUUUUUGUUCAAAAUUAUCAAAUAAAAUUAUUUAGUUUGAUUGUGAUCAACAUUGUGCUACAAAUGCUUCACUUUUAACUGAUCCUGGAUUAAUAAGUUGUGUUAAGUGCAAGAGGUUACAAGUUCAAAUCUUGCCUGGCCGACAGGCUUUUUUUUAUUAGAAGGAUGUCAGUAAUAGUCAUACUUAAUAAUAUUAAGAGUGUGACUGGCAAACUAAGUCUGAUUCUGCAGUUUAUUAAUAAAAAGUGACUGCAUUUGAUUCCUAAAUACACUUUAAUUCUUCAUAGUCAUGUUUAAGUCUGGAGCCCUGCUAAUUUAAGAAACAACAUUUUCACAGUGCCGUGUCUUUAUUAAAUGUUCCUGUACACGGCUGCACUUGUAAUUCAUUGAUGUGGAGGUGUACGUGAUUAAACGACUCUUAUUUGCUGACUUUGUUUAACUGUUGUCGGCCGACGUUAGUGUAAAGGUAUCUGCUUUUUUUUUUUGGAGACUUUUCAAAUUUUGGUCACUAACAGAUAUAAAACAAUGGUCAUAUGUUAACGUACAAGUUUUAAAUCUUUCGAAUGAUGUGUAUUUUGUCAGUAAACACAGAAAGCAGUGACCUCCGACAUAUUAAGUUUGGCAACCAUACUGGGUAUAGGUAUAUGCUGGUUUAGUUACAUUGUUAACCUAUGUUUUGCACCGAUGACAUUACAAUAACCUGAUUCUGCCUUCGCUUUUCCUCAUAAUGCAUCUGCUUUCAAAUAAAUAGGCUUUAGCCUGACAUUACUCAGUAGCUGAAACAUCUACAGCUCAGAGCCUAUAACAAGGAUUAAAAAAUAUGACUCUAAAAUUCUGUUAUGGGACUUUUUGGACUUUAAUAAUACGUCAUUUUUAAUUGUGGACCAUGAUUAUUUGAAUGCUGAACAAAAACAGUUAAAAAUAAAGGGAACUACAUCUA